AUGCCUGUUAAAAUCCGAAGAAAGAAAGUGCUCCAAUGUAACUCAGUGCAGCACGUACUCCAACCGAAUUCACGAACGUGUAAAUAUCCUGAUACCCAGGUGUUAACUGUUGCGUUGAAAACUAUUAACAGUUAUUCGCAUUCGUAUCACGAGCGGCCGCGGACAAGGCGCGCGUGUCCCGUCCGCGAGACGUUCUUCCCAUCACUGCGGGAGCGAAUUGGCGCGAAACCGCAGCGUCGACAACGUCCGGCAUCCCGACGAGGAUACGACGCCAUACGCCGACGCGUUUCACACUUGUUGCGACUUAUACCGUUUAUUACUGAUGAAACUGUACUCGAAAACAUAGUGCUCAUAGCCGACUAA